AUGGCAGAAACGCAGAUCAACUCUCCUGAAAUCAAAGAGCCUUCUCCUAAGAUUCAAAAACUAGACCACACCCAACACGGCAAUACCCCUGAAAUCCCCUUUUUUCGAGUCAAAAAGCUCUCUGAAAACGCUGUUUUGCCUUCCAGAGGUUCCCCUCUUUCUGCUGGUUAUGAUCUAUCCAGUGCUGCAGAGACUAAAGUGCCUGCAAGAGGCAAGGCUCUAGUACCCACAGAUCUCACUAUUGCUCUUCCUCAAGGAACCUAUGCUCGUAUUGCGCCUCGAUCUGGUCUGGCAUGGAAGCAUUCUAUAGAUGUUGGAGCUGGUGUUAUAGAUGCUGAUUACAGAGGGCCGGUUGGAGUUGUUUUGUUCAACCAUUCUGAUGUUGAUUUUGAAGUCAAGGCUGGUGACAGGAUAGCUCAGCUUAUUAUUCAGAAAAUUGUGACACCAGAAGUUGAGGAGGUUGAUGAUCUUGAUGCAACUGUGAGGGGAUCUGGUGGCUUUGGAUCCACUGGAGUAUAAAAAUUUGACCUUAACUUGAAACAUUGCGGUAUUAUAAUAGUAUUAGUAUCUUGUUUUAGAUUUAGUAGGUUUUGGCUGUUAUCCGGAUUAUGUCUAGUACUAAAACCCUGGUAGUUGGGUUAGUGAUCAAGCAGUGGGAGAUUUUGGAAUUGUAUUUUGGAUCAAAUGUAUAUCUCACUGAUCUUUAAUUGCCUCAGUGCAUUCUUUAUGACUGGCCAGGUUCAACU